AUGGACGCCUUUAAGGACAAGACCCCAGGCUCUGGCGGCCAUCGCAAUCCACAUUCAACCUCAUUUGCUGCCAUCGGUGCUGCACUUAUCCCCACUGCCAUAACGGCUGCCGUUUUCUUACUGGCAUUUGUGUCUGUUCGCUGGAGAUAUCGAAACAUUUACGCACCAAGGACGUAUUUUCGCACCAUCAAUCACAAGGAUCGCACUCCUUCGUCUAGUCAUACAUCCGUCUCCUGGUGGCAUGACUUCCGCGCUCUCGACGACAAGUUUGUUUUGCGCCAUUCCUCACUGGAGGCCUAUCUUUUCUUGCGGUUCCUCCGACUGACUGUCCUCAUUUGCGUCGUGGGCUGCUGCCUAACUUGGCCAAUUCUCUUUCCGAUCAACGCCACGGGCGGAGGUGGUGCAACUCAGCUGGACAGGAUAUCGUUCAGCAAUGUCGCUGAUGGGAGACGUCUUUAUGCGCAUGCUGUUAUAGCCUGGGUAUUCUUUGGGUUCAUCAUACUUCUCAUCACCAGAGAAAGGCUCUUUGUGAUGGGCCUUCGUCAAGCUUACCAGACAAUUCCGGUAAAUGCAACUCGGCUCUCUUCUCGAGUGGUAUUGUACUUAAAUGUGCCUCCUGAGGGCCUUCAAGAAAGAAAUCUUCGCCGGUACUUUGGUGGGCAUGCUGUGAAGUCUUGGGUCGUUUCUAAUGUGACCCACUUAGAAAAAGUUGUUCACAAGAGAGACGGCAAAAUCGACGAACUGGAAGGGUUGGAACUAAAACUUUUGAAAAGCGCCAACCGCAGCAAAGAUGAUGCUCCAGAGGACAAUGAUGCAAGCUCUAGCCAGCUGCCAAAACCAGGUGGCGGGGUGCAUCGACCUAAGCAUAGGUCAAAGUACCUCGUCGGAGAAGAGGUUGACAGCAUCUCCCGAUUGCGAGAAGACAUUACCAAUCUUGUUUCCGACGUGGACCGGGUUCGGCAGGCCGACUCCAGCUCCCCAGGUAAGAGAACUGGAGCAAUAUUUGUCGAGUUCAAGGACCAAGUCAGUGCCCACCAAGCGUUCCAGCAAGUGCGACAUCCAUCACCCCUUACAUUACAGCCAAAAUACAUCGGAAUCCAGCCGAAAGAGGUCAUCUGGCAAAACCUCAAUCUCGAUCCAUCACUCCGAAUCACAUAUUCCUACAUAGCCAUAGCACUUGCCGUUGCAACAAUCAUCUUCUGGUCCAUCCCUGUCGGUAUCAUUGGUACAAUCUCCAACAUUAAUUAUCUGGCUCACAAAUUUCACUUUCUGCGAUUCAUCAACAACCUCCCGGCUCCUAUCCUCGGAUUGCUCACAGGACUGGUGCCACCCCUGCUUCUCAGCUCCGUGGUGUCCUAUGUACCAUACCUCUUUCAAUAUGUGGCGACGCUAUCUGGUCAACCAACAAGCAAAUCAGCAGUUGAGUGGGCUCAAACAUGGUACUUUACCUUCCAAGUGGUUCAAGUCUUCCUCAUCACGACGUUUUCGUCCGGGGCUGCUGCUUUAGCUACCAAGGUCGCAAACCAACCAACAACCGUCCCAACCCUGCUAGCGAAGAACCUCCCCAAAGCCUCAAACUUCUAUUUGACGUACUUCAUUGUCCAAGGCCUCGGCACCGCAUCGAAGAAUAUUUUGAAUUACAGUGAUCUUUUGUCAUUCUUGUUCUUUUACCAUGUCAUGAACAAGACCCCGAGACAGAAAUUCAACACUUAUGCACAGAUGAAGGGGAUCAGCUGGUUCAAUGUCUAUCCCAAAUUCACGAAUCUAGCGGUCAUUGCAAUCGCCUAUUCUUGUAUUGCACCGCUGGUGUUGGGAUUCGCGGCGAUUGGCUUAUUCCUAUUCUAUCUAAGCUACAAAUACAACCUGCUUUACGUGAUUCAAGUCAAGACCGAGACGCGGGGAGAGAGCUAUACCAGGAGCCUGCAGCAUUUGAUGACAGGUGUCUACCUCGCGGAACUAUGUUUGAUUGGGCUGUUUGGGAUCAAGAAGGUGGCUGGCCCUUCCACUCUCAUGACUGUGUUGCUAGUCGUCACCGCUCUUUACCACAUGACGGUCAAUCAAUACCUUUCACCCCUGGAAAAGUAUAUGCCGGUCAAUGUGUUUUCGGAUGAGGACGAGGAGCAACCUCUUCUCAGAGACGACGAGGUGGACACUGGAUCUCGUGCCAAUCAGGCCGAUCGAUCACUGGUCUACCGGCUUGGUUCGGGAAAAGUUCCGGCGGUCUUGCUCGAUCCACUUGCCAGUUUGCUCGAGCCGCGUAUUUUCGCUUCACAGGAGACUCUUCGACCAUGGCUUCAGGACCCUGAGGGUGAAUCAGAAGAAUUAAAUUCCUAUAACGACGAGCAACUCAAAAAUGCAUAUCUUCUGCCGGCGAUGGCCUCGAAAACUCCGAAAGUUUGGCUCCCGAAAGAUAGGAAGGGGUUUUCAAAACACGAGGUUAGCGAGAACGAGAAAGCGGGAUUGCCCAGCACUGACGAAGGCGCUGAACUUGGCCCGUCUAAUGAGAUCUUGUGGAACCACGACGAUUUUACGACAGUGCCUAUCUUCAAGCAAGCCACUAGAUAUUGA